GAGCACGACGCCUUCGCGCGGCCUUUCCCGGUGGACCAGAAUUCUUAGCGCCAGGCGGAAAAAAAAAAAGAAAAAACAAUCCGUGUGGGCCGGGGAGGCUACCGCUGCGCUCCGCUCCCUCCGCCCUCCGGGCCAUGGCGGUUCCCGAGCCGCCGCUGCCCCUGCCCCGGGCCGGCCCGAGCUCCGCCCUGUCCCCGCCGCGCGGCGCCCGGACGCUGCUCGUGAGGCACCUGCCGGCCGAGCUGAGUGCGGCGGAGAAGGAGGACCUGCUGCAGCAUUUCGGCGCCCAGUCGGUGCGGGUGCUGUCCGGCCAGGGCCGCCUGAAACAUACAGCUUUCGCUACUUUCCCUAAUGAAAAGGCAGCUAUAAAGGCAUUGACAAGACUCCAUCAGUUGAAACUUUUGGGUCAUACUUUGGUUGUUGAAUUUGCAAAAGAGCAAGAUGGAAUUCAUUCCCCAUGUCCUUCCUUGGGCACUGAAAAAAAGAAAAGGUCUGAUGACACUGUGGAAGAUGAUAAAGAAAAAAAGGAACUUGGCUGUAUUACCAUAGAAAAUGGAAUUGCACCAAACCAUGGGCUGACUUUUCCUCUGAAUUCAUGCCUCAAGUACAUGUACCCACCACCUUCAAGCACAAUCCUAGCAAACAUAGUAAAUGCUCUGGCAAGUGUACCUAAGUUCUAUGUACAGGUGCUUCAUCUUAUGAAUAAAAUGAACUUGCCCACUCCUUUUGGGCCAAUUACUGCACGGCCUCCCAUGUAUGAAGACUAUAUGCCAUUACAUGCACCGCUUCCACCUACUUCUCCUCAACCACCAGAGGAGCCUCCUUUGCCAGAAGAGGAUGAGGAAUUUUCUAGUAAAGAAUCAGAAUAUGAAAGCAGUGAUGAAGAAGGCCGACAAAGGAUGACUAAACUCAUGGAGUUGGCUAAUCUUCAGCCCAAAAGACCAAAAACAGUAAAGCAACGUCGUGUGAGAAAAAAGCAAAAAAUAAAGGAUAUGUUAAAUAUACCUUCAUCUUCACACAGCAGUAUGCAUCCGGUGCUGUUACCUUCCGAUGUAUUUGAACAGCCACAACCUGUAGGUAAUAAAAAAAUUGAAUUCCAUAUAUCUACUGAUAUGCCAGCUGCACUUAAGAAAGAUUUAAACAAAGAACAAGCUUUUGAGGAACAAAAUUGUGGAUUUGGAAAAAUCUUCCCCAAACCUAAUUUGAGCAUUGAAGAGGAGAUGAGAGAAGACUCUGAUGAAAUGCCAUCAGAAUGUAUUUCUAGACGAGAGCUGGAGAAGGGCAGAAUUUCUAGAGAAGAAAUGGAAACACUUUCGGUAUUCAGAAGUUAUGAACCUGGUGAACCGAACUGUAGAAUUUAUGUAAAGAAUUUAGCUAAACAUGUUCAAGAGAAGGAUCUUAAGUUUAUUUUUGGAAGAUAUGUUGAUUUUUCUUCAGAAACACAACGGAUAAUGUUUGACAUACGCCUGAUGAAGGAAGGUCGCAUGAAAGGACAGGCUUUCAUUGGUCUUCCAAAUGAAAAAGCAGCCGCAAAAGCGUUAAAGGAAGCUAAUGGAUAUGUACUCCUUGGAAAACCUAUGGUGGUUCAAUUUGCUCGAUCUGCUAGACCAAAGCAAGAUUCUAAAGCUGGGAAAAGAAAAUGAUAACAAUUGGUAAAGGUUCCUUUUGAAUUCCGUAUCUUUCAAGUACUUUCCAGCUUUGAGGAGAAGAAAAUGACUCUGGACUGUGGAACUGUGCGUAGUAACUUAAAGUGUAUUUAAAAAUUAAAGCUAUAUGCAUUUAAAUUGGUUUAUUGAAAAUAUGUUACAUGUAUUUUAAACACCUCAUAUAUAAUAAAUUAUUUUUUUCCUAUAAAGUGUUUUCAUUUUUUAUU